GUAAACUCUGUUUUCUUGGAGCUCAUUAUCAGCUGCACAGCAACAAGUUCCAGGGGCAGCCUAGUAGACAUAGCCCUUUUUCCUGCGCAUCGCAUGUGAAUUCCUGACCUCCUUGGUGUCAAUAACUCCAUGUCGUAGAGAACCUUGGCGGUGGCAGCGUAGACAUCGGUCUAGACAGCACUUUCAGAAAAAGAAGCAAUAUAGUAUCAUUUUAUUCCAUGGUAUGGAUUGUUACCAGCAGCUCUUUUGCAGUUGGUACUGUCCCAGAUCCAUGUUGGCGGUUUUCUGGUUGUUUGGAAAAGUAAUAUGCAGAAAGUGUACUUCUCGCUCGGUUUACGUUUUCACCCCGUUCGAAGCAUCAAGCCAGCCAGGUUGGAUAUCAGACUGAAGGGCAUUAAUAAACAAGUAGAUGAUGACUUAAGCGCUGAUAAUCGCGCUGAUAAUGCUUGGACGCUCUUGCGCAUCUAUCAGGAGCGGUUCAGUGCCAUAUCUUUCAGUUGCGUCAGCUUGCUCCCAAGUCCUGAUGAGAACAUAGAGUCGAAAGUGGUUUUGAAGUGUUGUUUUGGGCUGUCUCACAAGAAAGGAAUCUCGGAUACCCUGAUGCGCCUUUGAUUAGUACGGAGUACAACAUUAUGCGUGUUUGAAUCAAGUGCAGAUCGAUUGAUGGUUUGUGCUACCAUGACGUAAUUUCGACAAGAUGAAGUAUAAUAUAUAUCGAGUAUACUAUUGCAAUGCUGCAUUCCACUCUACAAUCGGCACAUUGAACAGAAAUGAUAUCC